AUGCCGUCGACCAAACGCCAGCGCCAGCGGCGCGAGCGGGCGGUAGGCGAAGCCGUCGCUGCGGCGCGGCUUGGCGAGGCCGCGCGCGCACACCCCGACGCCAGCCUCUUCUUCAUGGACGACGCGGCGACGGAGACGGCGUCGAAGCGCGCCCGCCGCGCCGCCAAGAAAAAGGUGGCGACGGCGUCGCCGACGGAGUCGGCGCUCCUGCGCAAGUUCGAGCAACGGCGCAAGGCGCGGCCCGCGCACGCUGGGGCACGCGCGCCGAAAGCCGCGGCCGCAGCCGCGCCGCCGAUGGAGGACCUCUGGGGCGACGCGGCCGACGCGGGCGCCGCCGACGAGUGGACGGCCGCGCCGGCCGACGGGUGCGCGCCUGCUACAAGUCUGCGCGCGCGCCGGCGGCCGCGGCGCGCGGCGAGCGCGGCGGCGGCGGCGGGCGGCGCGGACGCGUCCGGCGCGAGCUACAAUCCGUCGAAGAGCUCCCACCGCGCGCUCCUCGCCGAGGCGGAAGCCAUCGAGGCGGCGCGACGCGCCGCCGAGGACGCCGAGACCGACUGGUGGGCCGAACGCGACCGCCGACGCCAGGUGAGCGAGGACGAGGACGAGGCCGAGAGCGACAGCGAGAGCGAAAGCGCAAGCGAAAGCGACGACGACGGCGAGACCGGCGCCGACGGCGCGCGGCCGCAAAAGUCCUCGCGGUCGCUCAAGAAAGGGCGCGCGCAGCGCAACCGCAUGAAGCGCGCGCGGCUCCAGGCCUUUGAAAAGCGCCAGCGGGACGAGGGCAAACGCCAGCGCGCAGCCUUUGAUGGUCUCAAGCGACUCAGACGGGAGCUCGACGAGCGCGAGGCCGAGGCUGUUCUUUUGGCGGCGUGGGAUUCUUCUCUUGUUCGAAAAUUCGCUUCCGACCACGCAUCUCACACCGCGACCCCAACCGCAGGCAGCCGCCAAGGCGCGCGAAAAGGCGCGGCCGCCGAAGGCCGUGCCGCGGACGGCGCCGCCGGCCGUCGCGCGCGCCGACGAGCUCACCGACGCGCUGCGGUCGAACAAGGCCACGCGCGCCACGGGCGUCGCCGACCUGCACGCCGCGCUCGCCGCGGCGCAUCGCCCCGCCAAACGCGCCCAGCCCAAGAAGCAGCGGAAGCUCAAGUAUCGAGGCGCGCGGCUGCUGAAUCGCUACCGCGAGCGGCCCAUUUGAAGCUCCUGCCGCCCCGGAUAUAGGAUGUGUUUCAGUCAGCAUACAUCACGGGACAUUUAUCCAGGCGGUGGCGGCACUGGGUCUUUCGCGCCGGAACACGGGUACUAAGGCAUGUAAACACCGUA